UCUCUUGUGAAAAGCGGGUAAACUACUGGCCGUACAAGGAAAUGCAACAACGAUUGUGAAAAGGGGAGAAAGAUAGCCUGAAUUCUUGCAACGAAAUUAUAUAUUUCGUUGAUAUCUAGAUAAGACUAGUAUUUGUCUUACGGUGUCAUUCGAUGAGGUUCGUUGUAGCGAAUGAAUUUGAACUAUUUUUCUGCUCACGGAUUGUGCAAAACCUCGGUUAAUGUUAGCAGCUAACUUAGUUUUAGUUACGUUCUGGAAUCCAACCAGCUUUUUCUCCAAGCAAGACCAAAAUGGCUUGCAUAUCAUCGUUUCACCUGGGUUUAUCCCUAUGUUAUGACUCGUCAAGUCUCUGCUCCGUUUCUACCGUCUCGACCACUGUUUUUACAAAGCUUACUGCUCGAAAGAAUAUGAGAGCCGCGGACAACAUGGACGAUGGGAUUCAGGAACCCAAGGACAGCUAACCGAUAUGCUAUUGCUAGCCUUCCGUGAUGGAUAAGGGACCGUAAUAGAUGUUUCACUUCUAACUAUGGACAGUGCUCUGAAGUGCACACCAAGUUAAUAGCUACAUUUAUAUUAUCAGAUGUGUCGCUAACAACUGCCAACGAAACGAACAGAUGAUCUCAAAUCAAGAUAACGUUAGCUACUAACGUUAGCUACCUAGCUAGCUACCUAGCCUAUUAACAGCUGUGAAUACUAACUAUCAAGUUGCAAGUUCUUGCUAUCCAUGAUUGCCAGACUAAAGUUUGGUCUUCAUAUUUAUUUUUGCACUCUCAAAAUAGUUGUUUCAUAACAACGUGUUAACAUUGUCCUGGACGUGUACUUAAGUUAGUUAGCUAGCACAGUAGCUAACCAAAAAGCUUUGACAAACUGCACAAGUGCAAGCGGUGUUCUUUAUUAAAACAUUAUUAAUUUAGCUUUCUUGCAUAGUGACUUUGUUGUCCACAAACCAGUAUUAAGAAUGUUUAGGAACAUGAAUCGCGGGGAACACUUUUCUGGGGUGCAGACGCCUCCAUCCACUCCCGCCGGGCAUGGAGUGGCCUCUCUCCAGCAACCAAACCAGGAGAGCUCGUGGAUGGGCAUGUUCUCCGUGGUUUCUAGGCCCGCCCUGUCAUUUCUGCAAAAGUAUUUACCAGGGCGCCCUCGGACUCCUGCCCUGUCCGACAGUGUGUCAGGAUGGGUCAGUGGGGAUUUCAAGCAGAACUUUGUAGAGGCAGAAAGUGCGUUUUUAGGACAACUGGACAUCUUGCCUGGAACUCCGCACCAUGCACACCACCUAUCGUACCUGCAAUACCAGCAUGGACGCCUUUGGCUACCAGUGUCAGGUAAUAGUAGUAUGAGUUGGUUGACAGCAGAUUUUCUUAGCGAGUUAGGGAUUCGAAAUGCUGCUGAAAUUGACUUACAUUUAAGGCAACAAACUCCGGUAGGAUACCUCACAACCGGUUUUCUCAGUCAAGUUUUGUUGAACGCAGCGUCGUCUCAGGAAAUGAAACACGCCGAGCAAGGGCACGUACUUGCCGGGGACAGUUUGUCAUCAGACGCGGUGACAGCAAGGGCAAAGCGUAGUAUCGCUAGUAACUGGUGGGGCGGGCUUUGGGGAACCGAUGACGAUGCUCAAGGGUUGCUGUCAAAUUUGUCAUCGAGCAAAGAGGGGACUGAGGCACACAAUCACAGCAGCAACGGCCAUUGUCGUCAACCAGAGUGUGGCACAAAGGCCGCAGUUACCAUGCCAACAGAGCUGUUUGUACAGUGCAAUGAUGGCGAAAGGACUGGACCCUUCUGCUACAAAGAGGAGCCAAAGGACAAUGGAAGCCUUCAAACGGCCACCCGGACAGAAUCUCUCCCUAGCCCUGAUGGUCUCCCCUUAGAUCACAGAGAAACAGUCUGUAUCAGUAGUCAUAUUGUAAGUGUUGCAGCUGUCACUGCCUGCAGUGAGUUGGCAGUUCUCACCCCUGACCAGGAUAAUGGCUAUUCCAGUCUGGAAGAAGAACACUCUACCUCUAGACUGUACAUGUUGAGGCUUCCCUGUGAAGAGCUACAGGGGAUCACAGAGAUAAAAGAAGAGACAGACACACCAACACAGGGGAACUCUGAGAAGAGGGAGCCAGAGAGAGACGCCUUAGAGGAGAGAGAAGAGGGUGAGAUGGCCGCCACUGGAGGAACGGAAGGAGAGGAAGAGGUUGAGGACUCGGACGUCACAGACUCUGAGGAAGAGGAAACGGCGGCCGCUCCGCCCCCCUCCACACCUCAGUGCAGUAACAAGGCUAUUGCCUACAUCAUGGGCAGCCCCUGCAGCGAUGACAGCCAAUCAGACGACUUGCUCAGCGAGGAUGACGAUGGUUUCGAUAGUGAUGGCUCGUCAGAAUUCUCAGAUUCCAAGGCACUGGAUGAAGAUGAUGAUGAUGAUGAUGAAGAAGAGGCGAAUGCGUCUGAUUCAGAGCCGCCAGACUCAGAAACAGAGAGACUGUGGAACUCGCUGUGCCAAAGCAGGGAUCCCUAUAACCCCCAGAACUUUACCGCCCCCCUCAACACCACCCCUAGGACCAUCCUGUCCACACCUACAGCCGCAGCAGCCUGCUCCCUUCAAGCCUCACCUCCAGAGCAACCCCCCUCUCCCUUCAACCCCUCUUCCCCCUCUCCUGCAGAGGAGUUUGGCUCUGGGGAUGAGUCCUGCAGCAGUGAGGUGGAUGAGGCUGAGAGCCUGAGGCUGUGGAACUCCUUCAGCUUCCCCUCAGACCCCUACAGCCCCUUCAACUUCCAGGUCCCGCUCAGGACUAGAGAGCCGACUGGGACAGGGGCAAAAGCAGGUGCAGGGACACGUUGUAAGAGGAGCAGCAAGACAACCCCAUGCUCCCCCCGUCAUGAACAGGGCCAGGGACAGAGCCAGUACAGGAAAGAGGUGGCAGAGGAGAGGCUAGACAGUGGCUUCUCAGAGACCCUCGCCAUCCCAGAGACCACCACCAUGGGCUGUGUCACAGUAAAAAGGGUGUGUUUCCGUGACGAGGUGGAGGAGUUCUACGCCAGCGAGGACGAUGAGGACCGGUGCGGGCCGUGGGAGGAGCUAGCCAGAGACCGUGCUCGUUUCCUCCGGCGCGUUCAGGAUGUGGAGGACGGCAUCAGCUACGUCUUCAGCCCUACCUUCCGCCUCGCCGUCUACCAGAGACUACAGCACCACAGCUGAUCCUGACCUCUGACCCCUAAUGUCCUACAACACUGCUGAUCAUCAGUCCUGUUUCUCUGUGACCCCUCUAACACCAAUCCCAUCUUCAACAGAAUGCAUCAGAACUUCUAAGUCAUGCUGCAUCCCCUUCUCCCCUUCCCUGUCAACCCCCACCACUGACCCCCAAACCUCAUCUUCAACCUUGACGUGUAGAAAAGACUACAUCAGAGCGGUUGAGAAACCCCAUACGCCCCUCACCCAUCCCUCCUGACCCCCCUUACCGUCAGUCUGGGGUGUUGGAGAAGAUUUGAUAAUAGACUUCUCUCUUCACCGCCCUCUUCCUGAUCAUUUGCUGUUUUGUUUUUAUUUAACCUCAGUGGAGUGAUGACCUAAUUUAUAAUGUGAUUCAAGAUGACUGCAUACUGCUAACUAGGAGGUAUACUGGUAAAGGUGUACUGGUAAUGUGAAGGUAUAAGGGCUUACUGGUUCCAGUGGGAUAAAUUCAGUGGAACACAGAGCAGGUCGUGUGUUGGGCUGUGUGCUCAGUAACCUGACUGAAACGCAGCUCUACUCGAGACACUUCAGUCAAGACUGUUCUUUAUCUUUAGUUUUAAAAUUGCUUUGAUUUUUUUAUCCCGUUGAUUUAACUGCACCUUUUGGAGUUGUGCUGUCCUUCUCUCUGACAUGUGCCAUCUGGGUCUCUGCUCUGUAGUGUUCUCAGUUUCAUGUUAAUCUGAUCCCAGGCCUGCCUACUGUCAUGUUCAGUAUUUAACAGAGGUUCAGUAUAAUCUCCCUGAGCAAAUGUCACACUGCUCCCCGGAGCUGAAUCGGGUUGGUUAAGAGCUUUUGGAAAACAAACCUGGUUUGAAAUAACAGAAGAAAAAUAAAUAAUUAGAGGCUUCCUGUAAACCAUGACAUGCAGAGUACACAUUAACGUUGAAAGUGUUCUAUUUGAUUUGAUCAUAAGCAGAGGGUGUAAACCUACAGUAUGCUGAUGUGUAAAGCAAGCCUCUAAACUGUAUUGAUGGUAAAGUGUUGAAACCAAGCCUGUGUUGGUGCGGUGUGUUCCUGGUUUCGUUUAUUAGCCAUUGACUUCAGUUCUAUCGUAUGUGUAUUAUUAACUACCUACAAAGACAAAGACGCCCCUAACUGGCUCUUCCUGUAUUUACACCUGCAGACAGAAAGACAGACAGAGGGCACUUAUUACUUCCUCAUUACAGCCCACAGUAUGAAUACACUAACCAUCAUAGAAUAGACAAUAGCAUUGCUCUGCUUGUGGCCUAUACAUUAAUGUCCAAGACACAACAACAACAAAAAAUCUCUGGCCGCAAGCCAACGAUCAGUAGAGGUCCUCUCUGACUAUUUCUUGCUGAAGUGAAUGCUUAUGGGUAAGGGUGAAGUGAAAUUAUUUGCAUGAUCCUUGCAUCUUUAGUGGCCUCCUCCUCGUCUACCUCCCUUAGUCAUCACUGUGGUUUCCUCUAACAAAACAAUAUUGCUUUAAUCUAUCUACAGUUUGCACCAAUAGGUUUCCUUCAAUGUGUUCACUUUUCUAGAGCUUGCGUCCAUCAGUGGUCAUCUAGGAAAGGAGACGAAGAAAGCAAGCAAUCUAAGACGUCUCCAUUUAUAGACUACCUAUCCCCACUAUUUAUUAACCCUGUCAUGCCUGUACAGACCUAGUGUUGUGUUACUCAUUUUGAGGGGUUAAUGUCUCCGCUGUGGCUGAAGAGUUAACCUCUGGUGUGACCGGGUGGAAAGAAAGCAGGGAUGUGAAAUGCACGCUGUUCUGAAGUGAUUCUCAGUAUGAGGGAGAAAAUAAAAUAUAUAAAAGAUGUGCUCGGAUAAUUAAGAAUAUAACUCAUUUAACUUGGUGUUAUUUUAGUCAGUACAAUUAACAUGAAAUUGAUUUAUUUUUGUAAAACAGUUUAGGAUGAGUUAGUAGUUCUACACUGUUCCUUAUAAUAUACAUUUAGAAUUAAUAUUCAGUGAAAAUAAAUCAAUAUUGAAUUAUGAA